AUGCAUUCUAGGGACGUUUUUUUCCCGCAGCGCUGCAGCCACCUCGCCUGCGCGUUUAAUACAAGCGGAGAGCUGCGAGUGGCGAUGGCCUCGGCGGAUCGGCUUCUUUUUUUGAGGGAGGGGACGCUUUUUGCAUCUGGGCCACUUUUUGACGAUCAAAAAGCGAGACCGGCGGGAAGGGGAGAUGCUGCAGGGGACACGACUUUGCGCCAGCUUCGCUUCUGCCACUUCAGCGACGACAUGCGUGUAGCUGUGGUGGGGGCGAGGGGUGUGACCGUUGUGGACGUCUGCGAGGGCGAAAUGCGGCUGAAGUACAGACAGGUCCCGAAUGGCAACCACCUUGGCGCCGCUGCGGCGGGGCUGGGUGCGUACUCUCUUUAUUCUUCCGCAGUGUCAGCUCCGCUGCAGGGGGCACCAGAUUUCUUUGCGGCGCCGCGGUGGCUCACCGGAUGGGACGCAUCUGUGGGCCAUGAAGAGGUGCGUGAGGCGGUGGACGCGGAGUUUAUUGCACUUUCCACCCUUGCCAUAGUCUUCAGUGACGGGGCGGUGGUUGUCGACCUCGGCGCGGACGGUGACACGGUGAAGUGGCGCAUGUGGGGCUCCUACAGCGCACUGGCGGUGUGCCGCACGAACAUGCAUCUGGCGUUUGCGCUCCACGCCUCUGCGGUGGAGGUGUUUCCGCUGAAAGGGCGUCCGCGCUAUGGGGGCGUUUCGCCACCAUCGCCGCCGCCGGAGGAGAAGGAGCCGAGCCUCCUCUACUCCCCUUCGCGUCGGACGGCCUCCCUCACCUCGAAGGAUGCUGUACAGAGCGAUAAGUUUGCACUGCGCGGGGUGUCGGCGAGGCUGGGGCUCUGCAAAGUCACCACGAUCGAAUGGCACCACAUCGCCAGCCACACCAUUCUCUGCGUCACCUGUCAGGACCCGCACGACGGGCAGCUUUCCGUUGCUCUUUUUAGCGUGCAGUUUAUACCGGACGUGGGCGCAGCAACGCGGGGCAAAGUCGCGGAGGCCAUCGCCCCCGCCGACUACUCUACGAAGCGCAGAACAAGCGAUCACACACUUCAGCUUGUACUGUCUGGGACGGUAUCUCUUCGUGCGAUGUCGUCGUCGCUGCGCCCGCAGCUGGUGCCAAGCUUUUCACGCUCCCGCGACACAACCUCACUUAGUAACAAGCUGGAAUUCCUUUGCUUCGAUGCGGACGGCACGGUGCGCACCGUGUGUUACCGGUUUGGUCAACAGAAGCAGGGGGGGCUUCCGAAGCAGCGCUCCGCCGGGCAGAGGGCCACCAAACUGUUGCUUCCGCUACAAGACAAGUACGGUGACAUCGUUCGGGUGGAGGCGCUGCCCAUCUGGAAAUCUCGUGCGGUUGAUAUUGGCGCCUUAACGCCGCAGGCCGAGCAGCUCUUGCGGGCACGGAGGUAUCGCCUGGUGGCACACUUCGCCAACGGCAUGGUGGCGAAAGUGAUGCUAGACCUGAUAACGAGAGUGGUGCGUGUAGAGGCAUUUUUGACGCUUGGUGUGGACCCGCUGCCGCUGCAGCUCUCAACCUCGCGGGGCGCCGAUGGGGAGGUGUUGUUGCUGGGCCUCUCGCACGAGCGCGCGUUUGUCAUUGAGCAGGCGACGCGAAAUCACGGCGUUGUCGAGGCCACGCUUCUGGCGGUGUCACCAAUUCCUGUGGAGCUUCGCCAACGCAUGCAGGCGUCGCAGACGUGUGCCGCCACGACUCCCGCGGCUGUGGUCGCCGCUGCGGGAGACACGGGGGACGUCAAGGAAGCGGCGGUGAAACUUUUUAUGGAGGCGAAGUGUCCCGAAAAGGUGUGCAUGGUUCCAUCGCUUUUGAAAGCGUGUGGUGGGGAUGCUGGACGGCUGUUAACCCAACUGACGGCGAGGUACGGCCCACUCGAGCCACCAGUUGCGCCUCACACCAAGAAUUAUGAAAGCAGUGAUCCUGGCAGCGCCUUAGACGCACGCGGGAGUUUGCUCCCCGCCUCCGCCUCCGCCUGCUCCUAUUUGUCGUUGCAGGCGGGGUUUGGUCUGCAGCAAGUGCAGACCACUGUGGAGGGUUUCUGCUGCUCCACGCGGCAUGCAAUAAACAACAAGGAGGCGUGGUGGUGCAUUCCUGGAGCCCUUCUCGAGAGCUUUGCGGCGGCGCAAGGCGAACUACGUGUGCCCACGGCGCGAGUCCCUGCUACGGCGCCGCUGCAGUUGCUGACGGCCGCCCCCGUUGAAGGAUGUUGCCACUCCGACAAGAGUGCGGUGAAGUGUGAGUGGGUGGAGGGUAUCAACCGCAUCACUGUACGAGCCACAUCGCUGCCGGAUGACCCUCCCUUGUCUUUUCAGCCGUUUGCAUCCGUGACACGCUAUUGCGUAGAGGAGGCCAAGGCGAUUCGGCUCGCAAAUGAGUGCAUUGUUGUGGGUGUGAUGGGCACACUCUAUGACGCGGAGGCGAAACGGGUGCUAUGGCUCUACGGACUGGAUCUGCUCCGCAACGUCGCGGUGCCACCGGUGUUUGUCGUGGAGCUGCAGGUUGACGAUGUGGUGUCGUUUGCGCUAAGCUACGACGCCGAAGCUUUUACGUUGCGCCGCCACCGCCGCGGCACGAUCGAGCGGUGGGUGCGGGCCAUGACGGGUGGGGAGGACGGGUGCCACUGGGGGGCGGCUCCAGUGCUGGGGCAGGCCGGCUGGCAGGGCGAUAUUACGGCGAUGGCUCCAGUCUGGGUGGGGGACGCGGGUUCCAGCAGCGGUGGGAACACUCAGGUGGCGCACCUGCUGUUUUCUUCCGUCGAGGGUGCCUUUAUUCACGCCUGGAGCCCCGAGUCCACACCCCUGGAGACUUCCCUGCAACCGCGCCCCGGCAACUUCAGCUGUGAAGCGGUGGUGGAGGUGUAUAACCCCACGACACUCCUGGCGCUUCUGGGCAUGGGGCGGUGGCGGAUGGUGAAGUCUGUACUGGAAGACGUGCUCCAGCUGGCCCGUGCGAGGGCGGCGGAUGAGGUAGUCGCUGCCGCAGAAGACACCAACGACCCCCGCAUAUUGGCGCGGGAGUUUUGCCACAAUCCAGUGAGCAUCCGGCUCUGUGAGCAGUCUUCCGUAGCGCACGAGGACGUGGAUACCGCCAUUCUUGCCACCACCGUCGCUGCCUCACUUGACCGUGGCGCACAGACGCGGCGUCUCCUGGAGCAAGACGAAAGGGGUGCGGAUAACACUUCGCUGGGCAGCGAAUUCCCUGCGGACAUGCUCGAGGAGGUAAUGGAGCAGCUUUCCCUGGUGCGGCUUAGUGGACUUAGCAGCCAGGAGCAGUUGGGUCUUGUCUGCGUUGUGGAUGCCAUGCGGGCAGUGAUUUUGUCGACAGUUGGCAUGGACGCCGAGGCGUCAAGGUUUUUUUUUAUACACAAGCUACAUCAACUUUGUCGACGCCUUGGCGUGCGUGAGACUCUAGCGAGCAUCCUCCUUAACCCGCACAACGCAUUUCUCUGGGCGGCGCUCUCCGAUGCGCAGCCGCAGCUGCUGGAUGAGCUUCUGGGCAAAGGGGGUGCCGUGUCGUGGGCCGAGGUGGAGGCGGCUGGCGUGCCGUUUUGGAUGAAGUCGCUGCCGGGGCUGCGGUCCCUGGCGGAGCGGGUGGCACGGGGUCAGUACCAGGCAACAAAGGACGUGCGCGAGUGCGCCCUCAUGUACGUCCUCGCCGGGAAGGUUGGCGUGCUUGCGGCUUUAUGUAAGGCGGAGCAAAACGCGAAGCUGCACGCCUUCUUUUUGCGCAACUUCAACGAGGCAAAGAAUAAGGCAGCUGCCUCUAGCAAUGCGUUCGCAGCCGUGAGCAAGAAUAUGGUGUCAUACGGCGCCGCCUUUUUUCUUCUUGCCGGGGAACCCCGGAAUGCGGCCCAAGUUCUGCUGCAGCGCCAAGGCAGCAUUGCGCUUGCCCUGUUGGUUUUGCGUCUGGCCAGUAGUGACGAUUUGGAUGACUUGCUUUGGUUCAUGGAGCAGCGCCGCCGCGAGGAGGCGACGUGUGGGCCGAUGAAUGUCUGGGAAGAGGCGUGUCUGCUCUGGCGCUGCGGACAGCCUCGAGAGGCGCGUCUGCGGCUCGCGUGCCAUAUCCCGCAGUGUGUCAUGGAGGCUGCUGAAAUCUUGGGCCUGCUUCGGGACGAGCGACGACGCGUGCGGAGCGAGUCUCUCGCUCCUCUGCGGGAGCUGCUUUUGCAGAUGCAUCUGACGCAUCUUUCACACGCGACGGGGAUGCAGCUUCUGGCCAUAAUGGGCUGUCGCGAGGCGCAGACGCUGCUGGCGCAGGUGCGAAGUGCAAAGGAGGAGGAGACUAUACAGGCAGCGGCUCGAAGAACCGUCGCCGCACGCACCAAGGCCGAUUUCAACACCGGCACGCUGACAUUCCGCGGCUUCGACAUGGACGACGACGAUGAUGACGCGCAGGGAGCCGGGGGCGAAAGUAACAUUCCCGCCGCCUUCUCGUCGCUAACUUCUGCCGACAUUGUACAAGUCGGUUGUACGUCGUCUGCCAGCGACGAGGCGGCGGCAGGCCAGCUUGACCUUGUCGCGGCUGUGGCACUGGAGAAGGAGCUGCAGUGGACCGAGCAAAGGCUUUGCGGCACAGUCGCAGUGGACACAUGGACGGAGCCUAGUGACAGCGGCAGGGGGGCUCUGCAUGCGCUUGUCGUCUGCACUGCCCGCAUGGUGGUGGAUGCCGUCAGGCGUGCACCCGUAACCAUAGUGGAAGAUCGCCUGGCGGGUUUCUUGGAGGCACUGCUGGCGUCGCGGAAGUCGCGUGUCGAGCCGUCCUCUGGGAAGCUGUUCUCGGUACCUGUGCUGGGUAGUGUGGCUGCGCGCCUCGUCAUCGUCGCUGUGCGCCUGGUAUUGUUGUUUGUGGCGCUGCAGAAUACCGACUACGCACUGACGACUGCCCUGCUAGGGUUCCCAACGGUGGGGGGGGUCCUCAACGAGCAACACGCGGAGACAGCGACGCUGGAUUCUGUCCUGUUGUACGUGCGUGGGCUGCAGGCAGUCCUCAGCCGCGUACGGGUCAUGGCAUCGGAGCGACCAAAACAAGAUGAGACGGAGGCGGCCGCAACCCCCUCAGCAAUUGAGGUAUUAUUGCACACGGAGAGUGACAGUGACGCUGUACUUCAGGCUAAACUACACGAGGAGAAGCUCCGCGCGUUGCUGCUCCUCUGGGGUGCCGCCUUCCUGCAGCUGUGUGCACUAGGUGAACUGCGGGAGGAGGUACAUCGCAUACGCGACGUCUUGGCGAACUUCUCGCGGCCGCCACAGUACGCCCAACUCCUCCUGUGGCUGCUCGGCUGUCUGCUCUGCCGUACCACCUUGGCGUUCAACGCGGCCGCGUCACAGCUGAUUGGCCAUGUGGUGGCGGUGCGGCACCUCGACGACAGCAUCCUCACGAACUCCAACGGCAUCUUCAUUGAAGAGGAGCAGGAGCUGCUGCGGGUGGCGGAGCUGCUUGAGAACAACCUGCUCGCGGACUCUGACGACACUGAUUUACCGCUGCCACUGCAGACUGUCUCACUGGAUAUCUGCGUGGCCCGCUCAGAGUUCUUCUGGCAGCUUCCUCGCACCACCGCGAAAAUAUCCGCCGACACCGACAAUGUCGUGCGGCUACUGCGGGAGGCAACGCACGCACACGCCACGGCUCAUAUUCUCUAUGACCAGUUGAGUGACGGCGCUGUGGCGACGCUGCGGAGCAUGGAGGUGGCAUGGCUGCGGCGCUCUCUCACACACGCGAGCUUCCGCGAGUUUAUGCUGGAGGCGGGCCUUUGCGGCGGUUUGGCUGAGAUCACCACAACAGACCGGUUGGUGCUGCACCAGUCCUACUGCUCCAUCUGCUCUGUCGACUACGACCGCUUCAGCUGCGACAGCCUAGUCUGGGGCACCGACGCCGGCGCCGAGGUGGGCCACAACUACCGCGAAAUACUGGCAGGCGACAACGAGGCCGCGUUUCUGCGGGACAAGCCGGGUCGCAACAUUGUGACGGCGGCUCUGUCGGCCGGGCUGAGCGGGGAGCGGGGCGCUGGGACGGUAACCCCGCGGAGUGCGCACGUGCCGGUGCAGCGGCCCCGUCUCUCACACGCCGCUCACGCGCAGGUCGCGUCCCACCCACACCUCCCCUUCUUCCUCACGCGCCACAACGAUGGGUGCGUGGACUUGUACUCCUUCACCUCCACCGAAUGUGUGGCAACUUUUCUCUGCCAUGGCAGUCACGUGGUGACGGACAUCGCCUACUCGCCCAACGGGUACAUGUUUGCGGCGGGCCUGGCAGAUGGAACUGUGGCGGGGUGGCGUUUUGACCUCAGCACCCCGUCGGACGUGCCACUCUUUGUGCACCGCCUGCUUCCGCCUGAAGGGGUAAAGGCCGCGCUCUUUUUUGAGAACCAGCAGUCGCUGCUCCUGGUGGCCGGCUUUGAGUACGCUAAGGAAGAGAGCCUGGUGGGGAAGGCAACGAAGGGACGGCGCAGCAGCGGCGGAAACUCGCACAAGCGAUGCACAAAUGAUCGAGCCCGCCGCGUCGUUGGGGUAAUUCUUGUGGUUGAUCUUCUGCUGGAGGGAGGGACAUUGGUAGCGCGCCGCGAGCUGCCGUUCGUGCCGGAGUACGCGGUGCGCCUGACAGGCCUGGACCUCGUCCUCUGUGUCGCCGUCGACGGCCGGAUGCUGCUGUUUGAUGUGUGGAAGUCGCACCUGUACAUUCUCGGGGAUUCCCCGCACAUCGCCGUCUCGUGUGUUGCCGUGAGCAGCCACGACGACGUUCUUGCCAUCGGCACCGAGGAUGGGCACGCGCUGCUGCUGCGGUUCCGCACCCUUCUCGAGGUGAUGAAGGCUGCGUGCCUGGAGGAGGUGACGCCAUACGCCACCGCAGUCACCUAUGCCGUGGAGGAGAAUAUCCUCCACCGAGCCGCGCGUCUGCAGCUCGCGCCCGUGCUGAGGUCGCACUCAGGUGUUUCCUGCAUGGUGUUUGCCCCCUCUGUGCUGCUUGCCGGCCUCAAGGACGGUAAACUUGUCGCGGCGAUGCUUGUACCGCACGCCCUCCGCGAAGGCACCUCGCUACCGCCGUGA